CCCCGUCCUCCGCCCGUCCUCAGCGACCUCUCCAAACGCACCAAGGACCACUGGGAAAUUCCACGCUCGCAGCUAGUGCUGCAGGAGAAACUUGGCAACGGCCAGUUUGGUGAAGUCUGGAAGGGUGAAUGGAAUGGUACCACACCAGUGGCUGUAAAAACUAUGCGACCGGGUACUAUGUCAAAAGAGGAGUUUCUCAAGGAGGCCCGCAUUAUGAAGACCCUUAACCACCCCCGACUGGUCCGUCUCUACGCCGUGGUCACUACGGAACCCAUCUUCAUCGUUACAGAACUCAUGUCCAACGGCAGUCUCUUGCAGUACCUGCGCUCCGAUGCUGGCAAGGCCCUGGAUCUCAAACAGCAGGUGGACAUUAUGGCCCAGGUAUGUGUAAAUAUUCUUUCAUGGACGAAAAACCUGAAUGGGGCACCAAUGUUUCCCAUAACAGUUGCACUUUUUGGGUGA